AUGUUGUUGUUCUUGUCAGUGCCGCAGCCCCGACCACCGGGAGCCCGAACCCGAGCCGGGGCCGCCCGGGUGGCGCGGUGGCGGCGGCUGCGGCUGCAGCAGCUGCGACGGCUGCGGGGGCUGCUCCGGGGACUGCGGGGGCGGCCGGGGAUCGGCAGCCGGCGGCGGGGCCGGAUGGCUCUGUGCGGGCAGGCGGCAGGCGCCGCGUCCCUGCCCAGCGAGCUGAUCGUGCACAUCUUCUCCUUCCUGUCCGCGUCCGACCGGCUCCGGGCCUCGGCCUCCUGCUCGCACUGGCGCGAGUGCCUCUUCUACCCGGCGCUCUGGCCCCAGCUCCGCAUCUGCCUUCGCGUCUCGCCCGCGGAGCAGCCACGGCUCGAAUUCCUCAUGCGCAAGUGCGGCUGGUUCGUGCGAGAGCUGCGUGUUGAAUUCGCCGCGGAGAACUACCUGAGCGGCGGCGGCGGCCCGGGCGAUGGAGGCAGCGCCGACGCCGGGACUGGCGGGGAAGAAGUCGAAGCCCUGCAGCUCUCAACCCGUUGGCUGGAAGUGCUGCGCACCUACUUAGAGCUGGUCCUGUGCGUGCUAGUCAGCAUCCGGAACAACAGGAACCUCCAGAAGUUUAGCCUUUUUGGAGACAUAAGCGUUCUACAACAGCAAGGAAGUUUGUCAAAUACAUACCUCAGCAAGGUGGACCCUGAUGGCAAAAAAAUUAAACAAAUUCAGCAACUGUUUGAAGAAAUACUGAGUAAUAGUAGGCAACUGAAAUGGCUGUCUUGUGGGUUUAUGCUGGAAAUAGUAACCCCAACAUCACUGUCAUCUCUCUCAAACUCUAUUGCCAACACCAUGGAGCACCUGAGUUUACUGGACAACAACAUUUCUGGUAACAGCACCCUUAUCACCGCAGCAGAACUGGAGCGAUUCGUGAAUCUGCGCUCACUUGCCCUGGAUUUCUGUGACUUUACAGCUGAGAUGACUAGAGUCUUAACCGAUAACAACCAUGUGCCUUUGCAGCGACUUUCUCUCCUGGUUCACAAUGUUUCCGUGAUGCACAAGUCUCUGGACAACAUGCCAAAUGAUGAGCAUUGGAAAGCCUUGUCAAGAAAGAGCACCAGCCUUCGGGUCUAUAUUAUGGCUUUUGAUAUCAAGAGUGAAGAUAUGUUAAAGAUUCUGAAACCCAGUAUACCACUAGAAAGGAUUCAUUUUGACAGCUAUAUCACUUGUGUUUCAGGAGCUAUUGUUGAUCUUAUAUCUAGGCAGUACGACAAGUUCCUCACUCAUUUUAUAUUAAUGAAUGAUGUGAUUGACACGUCUGGUUUUCCAGAUCUUAGUGACAACCGAAAUGAAGAUCCGUUGGUUUUAUUAGCAUGGAGGUGCACAAAGCUCUCUCUUCUGGCAAUUCAUGGUUACACAGUGUGGGCACACAACCUCAUAGCCAUUGCGCGUCUUCGUGGCUCUGAUCUAAAAGUACUUGAAGUCACCGAAGAAAGCAUUGAUUUUGACCAAGGCGAACUGGCCGACCAGGAUGUGGAUCCAGUGCAUAAUCUUAUUGAGCAGGUAUCCCUGGGCCUCGGUCAGCCUUGGCAUGCAGUCAUGGACAUCGAAUCACUCAGUGUCUUCACUGAACCAAAUCGUCAUUUUUACAGAGAGAUGCAGAGCUUCAGCGAAGACAUUUAG